AAUGUUUUUCUCGACCAAACCGGCUUUUGGUGUCUCCCAAAGCAUAUGGCCGCGGUAAGCCUGUAAGUCUGGAGUAGAUCUCCUUCCGGUGAUUCAGCGAACGGAUGUGGACGACCCACCAAGGAACGCUUUCUUCCUUUGAGCUGCGACAGAUAAAAAGAAAGUUAAACCACAGCAAGGCCGUAAGAUUGUGGUUGAUUGGGGUGUUUGUGGUUAGCUUUGCUUAACUAUUGCAUUCGCAUUUCACCGUGACAAGUUUGAAGAGCAGUGAGACGAGACAAUGAUCUCCUCAGCUAGAGUUUUGGGUGCAUUUAUUCAUAAGUUCUCAAAUGGGUUUUCCUUCAAAUGCUCCACCUCCUUCCCUCUCCAAAGAACUGGGUUGCUGGAGACCAACGUGUGUUGGUCAUGGAUUUCAUAUGAAGUGAAGCCUAACUAUCCAGUGAGAAGGAUAUGGACAUUUUCUCCCGUCUGUAUGGGCAGGCGUUCUAGCAAGAUUGCUGGAAGAAAGGAGGCUCAAGAUGCAAAGAAGGCAAAACGUUAUGGAAAAAUUGGGAAGGAAAUUGUAUCUGCCGUCAAGAAGGGUGGUCCAAAUCCAGUAUCAAACACUGUUUUGGCUGCUGUACUAGAGAAAGCUAAGGAGCUUGAUGUGCCCAAGGAAAUUCUGGAGCGCAACAUUAAGAGAGCUUCUGAAAAGGGACAAGAAGCUUACAUUGAGAAAUUCUAUGAAGUAUAUGGUUUUGGUGGAGUAGGUAUAGUAGUUGAGGUUUUAACAGAUAAAAUAACCAGAUCAGUGGCAGCUGUUAGAGAGGUAGCAAAGGACUAUGGUGGAAAGAUGGCAGACCCAGGAUCAAUUAUGUUCAAGUUUAGACGUGCUCGGGUUGUAAAUAUAAAGGUCACAGAUGCUGACAAAGACCAACUUCUUGCAAUAGCCUUAGAUGCUGGUGCUGAGGAUGUUAUUGAACCUCCAACAUAUGAAGAUGACCCAGAAGAAGAUAGAACAGAAAGCUACUACAAAGUUGUAAGUUCAUCAGAGAAUUACUCUAUGAUACUGUCUAAACUCCGCGAAGAAGGAAUAGCUUUUGAACCUGAUAAUGGAUUUGAGCUACUUCCAAUAACCACCAUCGAGGUUGAUGAUGAAGCUAUGGAAUUGAACAAAGAACUUAUGUCCAAAUUACUUGAACUUGAUGAUGUCGAUGCUGUUUAUACAGACCAAAAGUGAUCAAACUAGCUGAUGUAAUCAUCAUGUCUGUAAGAUAAUAUCAAGGUUCCACCGCUGCAGGAUCCAUCUGCAAAUCUUUGCUUUGCCAGAAAAUUAUAUAUCCUUGCAUCAUCUGCUGCCAACACGAGGGAAUUUUCCAUCGUUGUUCAGAUGAAGAUUAAUUUGAAGUAAAUUUGUCUGCUUCUUAUAUCCCAAAUCAUAGAAGAGAAUUAUGGAGCAGCAAGAUUUUGACAAUAAAAUUUUGGUUUGAGGUCAAAUCACCAUAAUUAUAGUAAUAAUAUCAGGUUUGCUUAUACUGUAGGCAUGCAAUGUUCAUUGUUGUAUGGUUCAUUUACAAUGGAUGUUCCCUGUUUUAUUUGAAUUAGCCCAUAAAUAAGUGGAUCGGUACAGUUUAACCUGAAUAACCAUUAAUAAUUCAUUUA